AGUCUGUCACCAUGGAGACAGUCAACAGUAGAGAAUCCAAGGUAGAUCACCUCUCCCUAAAGCCUGAAAGUGAACUCUUGGGGCCGUUUUAUUCUCUGAGGUUAGCAAGGAGUCAUCUACUACCCAUUCAGGAGGCCAGCUGGGAAGACAAAUAGGCACCCCAAACUCAGCAACUUCAUAACACCUUCCUCUCCCCCUGAAGCCUUAAACUGCAUCAAGUCAAAGAAACCUGGGGCAAAUCCUUAACAUGUUUUUGACCGCAGUAAAUCCACAGCCACUCUCUACUCCGAGCUGGCAGAUUGAGAGCAAGUAUUCAACGAAAGUGCUCACUGGAAAUUGGAUAGAAGAGAGGAGAAAGUUCACCAGAGACACUGACAAGACACCCCAACCCAUUUACAGAAAAGAAUACGUCCCCUUCCCAGACCACAGACCAGACCAGAUCUCCAGGUGGUAUGGGAAGAGGAAAGUUGAGGGGCUCCCUUACAAACACCUGAUCACCCACCACCAGGAGCCCCCACAUCGCUACCUGAUCAGCACCUACGACGACCAUUACAACCGGCAUGGUUACAACCCGGGGCUGCCUCCACUCCGCACUUGGAAUGGACAGAAGUUGCUGUGGCUGCCAGAGAAGUCUGACUUUCCCCUUCUUGCUCCCCCUACAAACUAUGGACUCCAUGAGCAGCUCAAGCAGAGACAGCUCACAGCCAAGGCUGGCCUGAAGCAGAACACUUAUGCUUCAUCCUACCCCAGACCACCGUUGUGCGCUAUGUCCUGGAGGGAGCAUGCGAUCCCGGUCCCUCCCCAUCGCCUGCAUCCUCUCCCACACUUCUGAGAGCUGCCACCCCAGUAGCAGCUCAGAUAGAAUCAACUGGAGACCACAGCAUCACUGGACUUGCCAGACAACAAGUGGCGCAGAUAAACUCAGAGUAUGAGAUCUGGCCCGUCAAAGGUGCUCUCAGAAUCAUCAUCUGCAUUUGGCAGUACCUGUCCCCUCCUCAAAACCCACAGGUUCCUUUCUUUUCCAUCCCACAAUUAAAGACCUUUGACACUAUU